UUGUUUCUACUUUCAUACAAAAAUAAACUUUUUUUGAACAAAGCUUUGUUAGAACGAUCACAUAUUUUUUUGAGAACUAGACAAAUAUAUUUCUUAAACAAUUAAAGAUGUCUUUUGAAAACAAACAUUUUUUAAUCAUAAUUUGGCUUCUGUUACCUCCGAUUCUAAUGACGUUUUCUAAAGAAAAUAACCAAGCAAUUGAUACUCCUACCAAUAUUGGUUCUUUGAGUGACGAUGAAAUAUCAUAUGCACUGAGUGAACUUUCGUUUGAUGACUUAAAUAAUUUAAGUAAACUUAUUGAUGUUCUUAGCCAAGAAACUUCAAUAAGUGAUGAAAAUGAAUUCAAAUCACGACAGGAAAGGUCAGAUGAACAGUCAAGAUACAAACGUGAAAGUUCUGAUACUUCUGCUAAACAAAACGAGAAUAGCUUAAUUUCCAACAAUGUGAAUCAAGGAUACAUUCGACAACUUGAAGAAUCUUUUCCAAACAUCAUUGACCAACCGAAUCAAGGAGAAGAAAAAGAUAAACCUCUUAUUCGAGUAAAACGAGACUAAAGAAAGAAUAUUAACUAAUUCAAAUUUUGUUAAUUAAUUUCAAAAUAUAUUUUAAAUAAAAAUAAAACUCACCUUUGUAAUCCUUCGAGCAUAAGAGGUGUCAAAAAUACA